AUGAAGAUCUUCGCAUUCAUUCUUGUUCUUGCCAGUCUUCUUGUCGUCUCUGAUGCCUGCGGAGCUCUAUGGAGUUGCGGUCGAAAGAAGAGAGAGCUCUACCCUCAAAUUGAAUGCAUAUACCCACCGUGUCCGAUUAAUCUGUUCAAGAGAGACGUUGCCCCAAUUGUAUUCAGCUCAAAAUUCAUGAAGAGUGCCGUU